AUGGCGGUCGCAGCAGCAGCAGUAGCAGCAGCAGCAACAGAUGCAGAUGCAGCAGUAGCAGCAGCAGCAGCAGCAGCAGUAGUAGAGUUCACAGCAGCGGAUAUUGCGACAUCGAGUUGCUUUGAGGAGCAGCAGCAUCACCACCAACAGCAAACAACAGCAGCAGCAGCAGCAAGCCGUAACACCAGGAGCCGCCGAGAAUGGGGAAGGGAAGCAACGCUUGCAAACGUAAUACAGCUCGUGGUCGUGCUGAGGAUAAGACGACAAAAGAACCAAAAAGUCAAUUGA